UAUAAAGAGCUGCAUGCUGCGUACCAUUUCCUUACCAAGAGCUUCGGGCACCAUCAGGGCCUGUCUUCUUUGUGCAGAGUUCAGACGGUGAAGUAGCAAGCGAUGGGGGCAUGGAGUCCGACCUUUGAGACUGUCGACGAUCAGGGUUCAAAGAACACGAAAGAUCAGAGUACAAAGAUCGCGAAAGAUGUCACCGAAUUGAUUGGUAAGACCCCGCUGGUGUACCUGAACAAGGUGGUCGCUGGGUGCGAGGCGCGUAUAGCUGCCAAGCUUGAGAUCAUGGCGCCCUGCUCCAGCGUCAAGGACAGGAUUGGUUACAGCAUGAUCGCCGAUGCGGAGGAGAAAGGCCUGAUCACCCCUGGAAAGAGCGUCCUGAUCGAGCCGACGGGCGGGAACACGGGCAUCGGGCUGGCGUUCAUGGCGGCGGCCAAGGGGUACAAGCUGAUCGUCGCGAUGCCGUCGUCGGUGAGCACGGAGCGGCGGGCCGUGCUCCGGGCCUUCGGCGCGGAGGUGGUGCUCACCGACCCGCGGCUGACCAUGGACGGCGUGGUGCGCAAGGCCGAGGAGAUCGCGGCGCGGACGCCCGGCUCCUACGUCCUCCAGCAGUUCGCCAACCCGGCGAACCCCAGGGUCCACUACGAGACCACCGGGCCGGAGAUCUGGGCCGCCACGGCGGGCGAGGUGGACGUCCUCGUCGCCGGGAUCGGAACCGGCGGCACCAUCACCGGCGCCGGGAGGUACCUCAAGGAGAAGAACCCUGCCAUCAAGAUCUGUGGCGUGGAGCCAGCGGAGAGCGCGGUGCUGUCCGGAGGGAAACCCGGUCCGCACAAGAUUCAGGGCCUCGGCGCCGGCUUCGUUCCCGGCGUGCUCGACGUCGGCCUCCUCGACGAGGUCUUUCAGGUCUCCAACGAGGAAGCCGCCGGCAUGGCGAAGCAGAUCGCCCUGAACGAAGGGCUACUGGUCGGGAUAUCGUCGGGCGCCACCGCCGCCGCCGCCGUCCGGGUCGCCAGGAGGGCCGAGAACAGGGGCAAGCUCAUCGUCGUAAGCCCCCUGCCGGCGUCAUAACUCCUAAGAGACAUGACCUGUCCUCGAUUCUGUCACGCAAUGCGACAAUAUGACGGUGGUCAGCCGCUACCACAUUGCCAAUUAAAUCUAACUUGUUCUUCGUUGGUGGCUGCAGGCAAUCUUCGCGAGCUUCGGCGAGAGAUACCUGUCCUCGUUCAUGUACGAGUCCCUCAAGAACGAGGCUGAGAGCAUGGCUUUCGAGCCAUGAGGCCGGAGAGAGGCUCUUUCCCCCUGCUUGUGUGCGUUGAAGAAGGCCGGCACUUGCUCCAGCAGACCAAGAAAAUGUCGUUGUUUUCUUAGGCGCUGCGUCUGAUAUGCAUGCGUCAUCAGCAGGAAAAAUAAAUUGAAAUUUUCGACAGUGGGGAUUCGUUGGGAAAAUUGCGGAUUUUGAUUUACUCGGUGACUGUUUUACCACAAUUCGUAACUUGGACUGUUCAAAUUUCUCCCAAAUCUACCUAACAAAUGAUUAUAAGCGAGUGGUGUCCCUAAAGUAAAUCUAUUAUCUUAAUAUAAUAGUGUUAAAAGAAGUCACCACGUUCGCCGAGAGAGUAUAGAAAUUCCCACGUUAAUCUAUAAAAGAGAAAAA